UUCCCCUACACGGCGUCGUUUUGUUUUGUUACCAAAAUUAAAGAAAAAUGAAUGGCAAUCUGCCAUUUUCGCAAGCCACAAACCAAAUCCCAUUUGCUAGGGUUUCGGCGCACCCUAACGGAGAUGAUGGAGUGCCAUCACACCACCAUCGGUCCUGGUGGUCAAUUACGCGCAAAAGGAACGCGAUGAGAGGCUGGAGGUUGUGGAAGUCGUGGAGGACAAGGGGCGUGGACGUGCGAGCUGGGGGUCGUGCACGGGCGUUCCGACAUACGUGGUGGAGAGGCGCUGAACGUGGGGGUUGCGGCGUGGGUAACCUAAGGCUUCCUAGGUUAGCUGAAUUUGGGCCUUCUGUCGUUGGGUCAUUUGUUUAAUGUAAUUGGGCAGGGUUUUUCUUUUUGGGUCUAUUAUCUGUAAAUGAAUAUUUAAUAUUUUUGUUUAUUUUUUUGGUUUUUGUAUGUGUAUGGGUCCGGGCCAAAAUUGGUUCUUACACAUUCCAUUUAGAAAUUCAAGUUGGCACCUAAAA